UGCUAUUUUUCUAAUGCAAGUCCCAUUUCUAGAGUUUUUGUGUAAUCAAUAUCAACUUGUGCAAAACCAUGGCAAUGUUUCAAAGAAUUGGCAGUGUCUUGAGGACAAGUGCCCCAGCCCGAAUAACCUCUGUAUGUGGACACCAUUGCUGGUGGUCUAAUGUGGAAAUGGGACCUCCUGAUGCAAUUUUGGGUGUCACCGAAGCUUUUAAAAGGGACGACAACCCGAAAAAAAUGAAUUUGGGAGCUGGUGCUUAUCGUGACGAUGCAGGAAAGCCGUAUGUUCUUCCUUCUGUUCGAAAAGCUGAAGAAAAAAUCGUCGGACAAAAAUUAGAUAAAGAAUAUCUUGGAAUCACAGGAUUGCCUGCGUUUUUCAAAGCUGCAGCUGAUCUAGCUUUCCUUCCUGAUAGUGAUGUCAUAAAAGAAAAAAGAAACGUCACAGUUCAAACGAUAUCUGGAACAGGCUCACUCAGAGUUGGAGCAAAUUUUCUUGCGAAAUAUUUGGAUGCAAAAACAGUAUGGCUCCCAACUCCUUCUUGGGGUAACCAUACCCCUAUUUUCAAGCAUGCUGGAUUAGAUGUAAAAGCUUAUCGUUAUUACGACUCUGAAACUUGUGGGUUCGAUUCUGCUGGUGCUUUAGAAGAUUUGAGCAAAAUCCCAGAAAAUAAUAUUGUACUCUUCCACGCCUGUGCUCAUAAUCCAACUGGUGUUGAUCCGAGCUUCGAAGAUUGGCAAAAAAUGGCUGAAAUCUGUAAACAACGCAACUUGCUUCCAUAUUUUGAUAUGGCCUAUCAAGGAUUCGCUAGUGGUGAUACUGACCGAGACGCAAAAGCGAUGCGGUAUUUUGUUUCCGAAGGGCAUAACAUCUUACUAUCACAGUCUUUUGCUAAAAAUAUGGGUUUAUAUGGUGAACGAGUGGGCGCUUUCACUAUUGUUUGCGCUGACGAGGAGGAAGCCAAGCGCGUCGAAAGCCAAGUUAAAAUUAUUAUCCGUCCAAUGUAUUCAAACCCUCCUUUACACGGUGCUCGUAUUGCGUCUACUAUAAUGGGUGAUGCAGAUCUCCGUGCUCAGUGGUUAUUAGAAGUCAAAAGUAUGGCUGACCGUAUAAUUUCUAUGCGAACCCAGCUUGCUAACAAUUUGAAAAAAGAAGGAAGUACACAUAACUGGCAACACAUAACCGACCAAAUUGGGAUGUUCUGCUUCACUGGUCUUAAACCAGAGCAGGUUGAGAAAUUAACAAAUGAUUUCUCCGUAUAUCUCACUAAGGAUGGAAGGAUAUCAGUUGCAGGAGUUUCAUCGGCAAAUGUGGAAUAUCUUGCUCAUGCCAUGCACCAAGUUACGAAAUAAAUCAGCGGAGUUUGCAGUUAAUAUUAACUUCAUUUUGUAGCUAUUAUCAAACUCAAUGUUGCCACAAUCCAUUGUUCGUCUUUGCUUAACAUGAGCAUAAAUACUCAAUGAAUAUAAAUCUGAAAUUGCCAGCCUUAGAUUCCAUUAUAUUUCAAGAAAAAAUAACUUGGUGUGCCUGUUUACUUUUACAAAGCUUGAUUUGUUUUUAUUUGCAUUCUCCAGAAGUUCCUAUACCCCUUGUCGUGAGUCACAAGUCUUAAUUCAGAAUAAUCACUGAUUUGAGUGUCACUGGCUCGAGUCUUGAUAUAUGGUGACCCGUAAGGAGUCGAGCAUUGAUAAUUAAAAAUUAUCUGGCAAUAUUGGCCGACUCUUCAAGUAAUUUUGGUGAAUUAAUUGUUUGAAUAAUAUAUCUGUGAUCAUGUUUUCAAGCUUUUGUUGCUGUGGUACGGUGCUGUUGCAAACAGUAAAACUUUGUAUUUGGAUUAUGUUAAGAAAAUUCCAUGCUUUGUUUUGUGCACUGUCUUAUUGUUAUUUUGUCUAUUUUAUUUUUUUUUUGCUUUUCAAAGGCCUGAAUUUGAGUAUAGAAAUACUUCAUUAUGUGUUCAUGUGUUUAAUUUUGCCAAAAGUUCCGUUUAUAUUGUGUUUAUUCUCUAUUUGAAUAAGGCUUUGUUGUUGCAAGAAACAAAGGCCAUUGGAAUGUCAGCUUAUGAUAGUACACUUUGUUUCUUUUGUUCCAAGUUUGUGCUUUUGUGAAAGUUCCGAGAAAUAGUCUUUUUCUUAUAUUAUGUAAUGGGGGCACCACGCAAGUAAUAAUUCCACCAGGACCUUCAGAAUAUCAAACAUAUUUGAAGCUUGUACUUUUUAAUUUAAUGUUGAUUUAAUUAAGAAAAAUGGACACACUUAGUAUAGGCUGUAUAAUUCUGAGUAUAAGCCAUAUCAAAAGUUUUGCCAAGAGGGUACAAUUGAUGGUGGAAAUCUUAAUUUCUAAUUAUCUAAUUGCUUUCAAUCUAUUCAAAUAUAUAUAAGUGAAUAAUACAAGUUCUGGAUUUUUGGUCUCAGAAUGAAUUCA